CCAUAGGUAAACUCCUCGUUAAGGAAUUUCUUUUACCUGAAUGAAGCGUAAUGAGUUUAUCAUGCUCGAAAAUCGAAGGGCGCACACACACUACCUGAAAAGUUUCCGCCUCCAUGAAUAAUUAAUGGCUUUCUUUGGUCAAACAUUCAAUCUGAUUGUGUGAAGUGAGGCCUCAUCAUGAAAGAGCGACACCCAUAAUUUGGGCUCCGUUUUAGUUCAAGAUUGGUGACGGAACAGAUUCGCUCUUACAAUGGGUGACAGCAACAACUCCAAUCUCACAGAAGAUAAACUGGAGGCAGCAUCAGAGUCGUCUGAGUAUGACGAAGACGAAGAUCGAAAAUCUCAGAUAUCCCGGUUUCUGGGUUACACGCCCACGGCACCCCCACCAGAUUUUCGAAGCAUAUCUCCGUCCAUAGACAACAAAAACGAUUGGAGGCCCAGUCGCAGAGGAUCACCCAAGAAAAUCCGAGUCGAGAAACUGAAUUGGAAGGCCGAGCCGAAAGUGCAAACCAAGCACGAAAAUGCCCCACGGCUUCGGGGAGACUCGGCCGGAAGAGCCCAACCAAUCUAUUCCGAACGACUCCAAUGGAAUGCUCAAGCCAAAGUGGAUGCGCAUAACCCCAAAUAUCGACGCAACAGCGAUUCCAGUGUCCGAACUGCAGUGGUAUUUUCAGACAAGAAGUUUUGGAAGGCCUCGCCCAAAGUGGAUAGUCGAAACCCUCUUUACGACACGAGGGGGCGGAAACACACGCCUGAUGACGAGCAAUGGCCGACCACACCCGACAAGAAUAUGCCGGGUUACGACACCGCUCGAUAUGAAGAUUUGGAUGAGGAGCAAAGAAGAGCGUAUCUGGGAGAAGAUCGGGAAUCCAGUGGAUAUCACAGUCAUCAUGACAGUGUCAAAUUGGCCGAUUCAAUCCAUGAUUCAAUCGAGAAUCGGGACGAUGAAAGGUCGAUCAACUCGGAGGAAAAUGAAGAAGAGGUAGAGGAAACGGUCACCGAUCAGAGUCCUCGGGUUUCUUCAGUUACAUCCAAGGUGUCGUCUGAUAUUGAAGACGUUUUCAAUCAAACCGAAACCAUGACGGAUGUCAAUUUGCACCAAAACAUCUUCACCGUUCAACCCCGACCACUUGGGACAUCCAUGAGCUUGGAAUCCAGUCAAAGAUCGUUCAGUGCAAGUAACUCUUCGACUACAAUGAGCGAAAAUAAGUUGGACAAAGAGAAUGACUUCCAAAAAAGUAGAGAACAACAAGAUCCAAAAGAUUCCUCUGAUGACGGCGACGACCCAUGUUGUCUUUGCCCGUGUUGCUGUUGUUGGACCGUGAGGUGCGAAUCUCAAAAGAGUCGGAAGAAAAAGCGUUCUUCCCAAGUUGGGGUAGCUUAA